GUGGCUCGCCAGCCACGGUGCUAGAACAAAGUUGGCUCGGUUACUCUGUCCGACGCGGAAAUCCUGCUUGGGAAUUAAUUGCAGCGAAACUCGCGAAGGGAAGAGGAAUUCAGAAGAAUGCUCCUGUUAAUGCUGCUGGCGUCGGCCGUCCCUGUUUGCUAUGGAGGCAAGGGUCGAUCCUUUAUUGGCGAAACAACUAAUGGCACUGACUUGAAAGUCGAUGAGUUUGUGGAAUCUGUGCUGACCAGUGGAUUGACUACAGUCUUUUUGCCGUUGGUCUACAUUGUGGUAUUCAUCAUUGGAUUGCCUGCAAAUGCCAUGGCACUGUGGGUUUUUGGCUAUCGAACAAAGAUUAAACACCCGGCAGCUAUUUACAUGGCCAACUUGGCUUUGGCAGAUCUCCUGUUCAUUGUCUUGUUACCGUUGAAAAUUUCCUACCACCUGAACGGCAACAAUUGGAUUUUUGGAGAAGCAAUGUGCGAAAUGUUCAUUGUAUUUUUCUAUGGCAACAUGUACUGUUCCAUUCUGUUCAUGACCUGCCUCAGUGUGCAAAGGUACUGGGUUGUUGUGGAUCCAAUUUCUCAGGCAAGGAGGAAGACCAGUAUUGCUUACGGCAUCUCCAUUUUCAUUUGGACACUGAUUGUACUGGGCACAAUACCCUUAUAUUUGAACAUCACGCAAACGGCAAAAAUUGUUAACCUUGAUAUUGUAACCUGUCAUGAUGUCCUACCUGAAGCGAAGUUGGCCUCUACCAUGUUUGACUACUUUUUGUCUUUGGCUAUAGGGGUAUUUUUAUUUCCAGCUUUGUUGACCUUGACCUCCUAUGUAUUGAUGAUCAAAGCAUUGAAAGCUUCUUCUAAUGAAGAUAGCAUUGGGAAAAGCCGCAAGAGGGCAAUCCAACUCAUUAUCACGGUUCUCAUGAUGUAUUUGAUUUGCUUCACUCCCAGCAAUGUUCUUCUUGUUGUCCACUAUUAUAUGAUCAAACACAAUCAGGGCAGCAAUCUUUAUGUCGUUUACAUUGUAAGCCUUUGCCUAUCGAGCAUAAAUAGCUGCAUUGAUCCCUUUGUCUAUUACUUUGUUUCCAAAGACUUCAGAGAUCAUGUUCGAAACACACUCCGCUGCCGCAGUGUGCGAGCUGUUCGAAGUAUCCAGGCCUCAAUUGCCUCCAAGAAAUUUUCCAAACGAUCAUCUUCCUAUACCUCUGCCAGUAAAGUUACUAACACGACAAGCAACUGUUGAUCAUUUGUGUGGAUACGUAACUUUGAUUCCAUGGCACAUGGUGAACUUUUAACACAAAAAGAUACAGGAUGGGUGCUUGAGCACCUGGGAUACACCUGGGAUAGGAAAUCAACUGAGUAUUAAUCCAAUUUGGAAAUAAUUAAUCUGCAAUAGUUUCAGAAGUUUCAUUCAAACAAUGGUCAAUGACAUUGCAUGAUCUGUGUAGGAAGGAACUGCAGGUGCUGGGGUUUAAACCGAAGAUGGAAACUAAAAGCUGGAGUAACUCAGCGGGGGCAGGCAGCGUAUCUGGAAGGAAUG